AUGGAAAUGGACCAUGCUGAGGGUAGCAGUACCAUGGCCCUCCUGCAGAAGAGCAUCCAAUCCAAUAAGCAGCAUCAGCAGAUGCUGGCAUCGUAUACAGAGCGAUUGGAAACAGAACUAUCUCAAAUCGAGAGCCUCCUUGAACUUGCAGAACACGAAGAAGAUGGCGAAGCAGACGCCGCAAUAAUCGAUAUUCCAGGCUCGAAACGAGCAGCGAGUCUGAUUCCGUCGAAUCUCUUCUUGCAACCAGAAUCCCCUUUCUAUGAGGACGCGUCCCGGCGGUCGCGUUAUCUACGCGCGACAGUAAUACAUACCAUGAAACAGAAGGAGCUUGACGCGCUCACAGAAGGAGUCAAAGAAGCGAAUCACAGGCGACUAGCAUUCGAGGCAAAACGCAACGGGAAGCUCUUUUGGGACAUUGAAUCCGAUGACCUUUUGACCAACAUUGAGGGCUUGGACUGGGAGCGGAUCGCUGAGAAGGUUUCGGAUGUUUCAGUAACUCCUCGCACGGCAAAGGAAUGCGAGACAAAGUGGCUCGGUGACCGCCAUCCCAAGAUAAAUCGUGGAACUUGGUCUAGCGAAGAAACUGCACAACUAACGGAACUCGCCCGCUCAUACGGCGAGAACCGCGUCAACUGGAAAGAGGUCGCCCAGAAGCUGGAUACUAAUAGAACGCCUAUGGAUUGCAUGCGCCAUUUCGUCCCUAAACCCCAUCAUUACUGGGAUAUUGAUAGCGACGACAAUUUACGCAAAGCGGUCAAGGUCUACGGCAAAGACAACUGGAACGUAGUUGCUAGACACGUGUCACCGAAUGCAACCGCGCAGCAAUGCCAGAAUCGAUACCUGAAGUCUCUAGACCCAAAUCUCCGUAAAGGAGCAUGGUCUGAUGAAGAGGACAACCGACUUCGCAGUGCAGUCGAGAUCUAUGGUUUAUCAUGGGUGGAUAUCGCCGUCGCCAUCCCUGGUCGUACAAACGAGCAAUGUCGUGAUAGGUGGUUAAGCAAGCUUGAUCCUUCCCUGAACAAAGAUGCUUGGACCCAGGAAGAGGACGAAGAACUAAACGCCGCAUUUCUAGAAGUCGGGAAGAAAUGGCCUGAACUAACCAAGCGACUGACACACGGCAGAACGGACCUCCAGGUCAGAAAGCGUGUGGACUACCUACUCAAGCAGAGGGCCGCUGAAGAAAAGCAGAUGGCAGCGGAGAAGCGGCAAGAGAAGCAGAGGGCGAGAGAGGAGAGCCAACGGAUGCCCGUGCAGCAAGAUAAUCUGGGGGUCGGCGGGAUAACUAGCCAACCCCUGACGAACAGCGAAGGGGUCCUCAUUCUAACACCGUCUUUUGUAGUCGCAGAGGCCAUUGCCUUGGUCACCCGGCAGCAUAUUGGGCAUACAUCAACCCCGGCCGUUCAAGUCGAACAGGCUACAACUCCGCAUACUGAGCAGACGAGCGCCACACACAAUGAAUCAAUUGCAACUGCACAGACGGAGCAAGCUGGAACCAUACGUCCUCGACCGAAGCCAAGGCGAAUUCGCACUACUCGCGCCGGUCCCGCCGACCCUCCAGACGAAACACCUCAUGCAUGA